AGUGCACGCCGUUGAGUGCACGCCGUUGAGUGCACGUCGUUGAGUGAUACAUGUUCGCAUUAUUUCGUCAGCUUUCUUCGCACUUAACCUGGUCUUUGCUCUCCUACCUUACUGUUGCUGCUCAUUAUGCUCCAGUCGAAAGUCAGAGCUCGUCGAGCUCGAGUCUACAAGAUACCAGAUACCCCACCAAAGACGAGUCGACCUCUUCCUCUGGACAUCCUUCGUCGAAUAUUUUCGUUCCUUGACCCAAUUCACGACGCGAAAGCACGACCGGCACUCGCAAUCUCACUCAGAGUCUCUCACGCCAUUCAUGAUCUUGUCGCUCCCUUGUUGUACCGCGAAGUAUCCCUUCACUGGCUGGUCAACCAAGACGUCGUCUGGAAAGCAGGCACGCAGGACACAUAUUACAAGAUCAGGAAGCGAAAUCCUGCGCCCAGAUACACGCUUCCAGCCCACUACAUACAGUAUAUCCGUCACCUCUACGUGCAUCACCACACCCACAAGAAUAUCCGUUCUGCCUGCCGUCUACAACUACCACCUGCUCUGGUACACAUGGACAUUCUCGAGCUUGAAAUCGCCACGAGAAACCGAUAUGCACGCACUCGCAGAGACUGGUGCAAUGAUAUCACCCCCCACAGCCGUAGAAAUGGCAACGUGAAUCGUUGCCCGGGGAUCAGAUUUUUCCGACCACGCACUCUACUCCUUAUAUGCGAGGACUUGUUUGUCAACGAUAGCGACGAAGCAUUUUGUGACGUCUCUCGGCUACCUGAGGUCACUCUGCAGGCUCUGAGAAGACUGGUGAUCCGCCCAAGACGAUGCGCGCUAGAGGAUAUUUUCCAUGGCUAUGGUGCUGAUGACCACCUGCGAUUUGGCAAGAUUCCGACCUCUACGCAACGAAUCGAUGUCGUCUUCGAACCUUCCAUUGCGGGACUCAGGCGUCCACGGAAUGGCGGUCCUCCAUCAAUCCUCGACAGACAAAGGUUGCAGACUGUUAUGUUUGAAGACCUCUUGAGCCUGAUGUUUGCUGCACCAAGAAGGGAACCGCCCGGAUACCAGGUCACCAUAGUUGGGAUCGGGUACCUCGGAGACGACAUCGACCCAUUGCACGAUCCGGGGGCCUCCGGUCGAUGUUCAGAAGCCAUACAGGUUGCCGUGGAAGCACGCGUGAGGAUGAUCGCCAUCACGAAACACGGCGAUUCUCCAGAGACCCGCGCGACGCUCGACAAGAUGCGAUUCCUCGACUUGAGGACCUACGCUGCAGAGCUGCGAGGCAUCGACAAACACAUACUCAGCGCGGAAUGCUGGAACCAUUCGGAGCUGGAUCCUUUAUUCGAGACCUGAUGUCCACCCCUGUUGGUGUCUGCUGGACUUUCGUAGGUG